UCGAGCCCUGCCUCGUGACGUCCGUGUCCCGGAAGUGAAAGCGGAGGGCUGAUGAGUAGCUGGAGUGCAGCAGGAAUCUGUCGGCUACAUUAGAGCUCAGCGGGGGAUCUGUGGAGGGGAACAUGGACACGUUAAAUAAACUGAAGCAGUUUGAUGCUUAUCCGAAGACUCUGGAGGACUUCAGGGUGAAGACCUGGGGAGGAGCGACCGUGACCAUCAUCAGCGGCGUCAUCAUGUUAAUCCUGUUUGUCUCUGAGCUGCAGUACUAUCUCACUAAAGAGGUUCACCCUGAGCUGUACGUCGACACGUCGAGAGGAGACAAACUGAAAAUAAACAUUGAUAUUAUUUUCCCCCACAUGCCCUGCGCUUAUCUCAGUAUAGACGCCAUGGACGUGGCCGGAGAGCAGCAGCUGGACGUGGAGCACAAUCUGUACAAACAGCGGCUGGACAAAGACCUGAAACCAGUCACAGACGAGGCCGAGAAACACGGUGAGGAGCUCGGUCAGGCUGACGACGGGGAAACAUUCGACCCCAGCACCUUGGACCCGAACAGAUGUGAGAGCUGCUACGGAGCCGAGACCGAAGACCUCAAAUGCUGCAACACCUGCGACGACGUGCGGGAGGCAUACCGGCGGCGGGGCUGGGCGUUCAAGAGCGCCGACACCAUCGAGCAGUGCAAGAGGGAGGGCUUCACGCAGAGGAUGCAGGAGCAGAAGAACGAGGGCUGCCAGGUGUACGGCUUCCUGGAGGUCAACAAGGUGGCGGGGAAUUUCCACUUUGCUCCAGGGAAGAGUUUCCAGCAGUCUCAUGUUCACGUGCACGCUGUGGAAAUCCACGACCUGCAGAGCUUCGGAUUAGACAACAUAAACAUGACCCACCUGAUAAAGCACCUGUCGUUUGGGAGGGACUACCCCGGCAUCGUGAACCCGCUGGAUGAGACGGACGUCACGGCGCAACAAGCGUCAAUGAUGUACCAGUAUUUCGUGAAAAUAGUCCCGACCAUCUACAUGAAGACCGACGGAGAGGUGGUCAAAACAAACCAGUUCUCAGUCACCCGGCAUGAGAAAGUGGCCAAUGGGCUAAUAGGGGACCAGGGGCUGCCGGGCGUGUUUGUUUUAUACGAGCUGUCGCCCAUGAUGGUUAAAUUCACAGAGAAGCACAGAUCGUUCACACACUUUUUAACAGGAGUAUGUGCCAUCAUCGGAGGAGUGUUUACAGGUCAGUCUCUUUCUUCAAAUAUACAAACAGAGCUGGUUUAGACCGUACUCUAUGUUCUAUUAUUAACAAAGACCCAACAU